AUGGAGGAAACCGCCAAGGAAGUACCGGUUGCAAGGGAAGUUUUGCUGUCAACGGAGGACGUUAAUGCCCUGGUUCAACACCUCCAAGGGGGCCAAGAAGAAGGAAGGCCGAAGCAAAGGACAUUCACGAAAAAAGGAUUCGAGGAGCAGGCAAAAUUCAACGACGGAAUCAUCGCGCUACUCGAGAGAGCCAAAAAGGAGCCGGCGGGAGAGCAUUUGGAAAAAGUUAUGUUGUUGGAUAAGAUAAACGAAGAUUUUAUUAUGCAGGCAAUUACCGCGCUCAAAAAUCGGAAUGACGUGUUGGCCAUAGCGGACAAGGACCCAUCGGUAUUCGAGGAGAUGAAGACAGUGAAUCCGUUGCUGGCUGAAUUCCUGGAAAGCAAGAAGAAGGAGCAGAAGCAAGAAAGGAAAAUCGCCGCCGUAGUGUGGAGGGUGGAGGAGGAGCUGGUUGGCGAAUUCGUGUUCAGGUGGAUCCCACGAGGGACGAACAAGGAAGCGGACGCAGUGAGCAGGGUCGCUGAACCAGGCAGUGUCGCAGCAAACGCACUGGACGGAGCCAACGAGGACCUGUGGGCGGAGGAUCAAAUUUGGGAAAUUGAGGAAGAUGAAGGGGAGGGCGAUACUGGGAUGCCCGGAUUGGCGGUCCCAGCCCUAUUUCCCGUUGCUAAGGGAGGAGGGGAGAUGGGCGAAGUGGAUCAGGAAAGGCGUUAG